GGUGUCUCCCAUAAGUUCAUCAUUGCGGUUCUGAUGGAGUACAUCCGCUCUCUGAACCAGUUCCAGAUCACCGUACAGCAUUACCUGUAUGAGCUGGUGAUCAAGACGCUGGUGCAGCACAACCUCUUCUACAUGCUGCACCAGUUCCUGCAGUACCACGUCCUCAGCGACUCCAAACCACUGGCCUGUUUGCUGCUGUCCCUGGAGAGUACGUACCCUCCGGCGCACCAGCUGUCACUGGACAUGUUGAAGCGUCUCUCCACGGCCAACGACGAGAUCGUCGAGGUUCUGCUGUCGAAGCAGCAGGUUCUGGGCGCGCUCAGAUUCAUCCGCAGUGUCGGCGGCCACGACAACGUGUCGGCGAGGAAGUUUCUGGAGCAGAGGAACCAACGGCUGAGAGGAAGUCCCAGCUUCAACCCGGGAGAGCACUGUGAGGAGCACGUGGUUCACUUCAAGCAGCUGUUUGGGGAUCAGGCUCUGAUGAAGCCCUCCACCGUGUGAACCACCGGGACCAAACCACACACAGACUGGAAACUGGAUCACGGCAGACCGGUCGGACCGGCUCUCCAUCAGUUCGGACGCGCAGGAGACGACCUGACGGGGCGGCGGACCACCACAGGGAACAGAUGAUUGUGGUUUGAAUCGGGGAUCUUGGACCACAUUGACCGACGGCCAGAGCUUCUUUAUGAGUGAUAUUUUAAUGAUCCUAUAUCGGUGUGAACACACUCCUAAAAACAUGGGAAUGAAUCCAUAAUGAUAACUAGAUUAACCCUCCACCAGUCAGGCAGCGAAACAAACCGUUUAAUAAAAGAAUAAUACAGAGAAGAGCUUUUAAUGUCAUUUAACUUCACAACACUUAUAAUAUAAAUAUAUAAAUAUAUUCUGCAGGCUGAAUGUGAGGCUUUGGUGGUCCCCGGUUUAACCGGAUUAUUACCCCUGUACGGUGGCACGUCAGCACCUGAUCCAGGUUUCUGGAGCUAAACAAGGACAAACUACAGACCUGCAAUAAAUAAUAACGUCUACCUGAUAUUAUGGGAUGGAUUCGACUGAUCACAGAUAUGUAUUGAUGAACAUUUUGAUGAGGAUCUCUUAAUCAAAUCAUUUUUAUUUUCAGCAGAUUAUCAGAUACUUUUAGAGGGAUUGUUCUACCACGAACGGAUGAAUGUGGAAGAAAAACAUUUAUGGAAAUCAGUGUAAUUAGUAACGUGUUCCCAGGAAGUGCUAAUAAAAUCAUGAGUCAGCUGUAAUAAUAAACGCUUCUUCAACAUUAUUCAUUUGACAAACGAAGGCUUAAAAUACUAAAACUUUUCUCUUUUUUUGACUCAGUUGAUCAGAAACCUGCCAGAUCAAUAACCAGGUUGAUGAUAAUCAGCAUUAUACUGAUGAUGUCACUGUGAUGUCACGUGUUGUGGGCGGGGCCAGAUGCUGUGUAUGAAUAUCUUGUACAUAUAACGACUGACGGUGACUCUAAUGUGUUUCUUUUGUAAAGAAUUGCUGCGUAUUGAACUAAAAUGUCUUUAACUGCUCUGCUGAGUGAUGUUAAAGAUAUAAAUAUAUACAUUAUAAAUGUUUACGCUGAUGUACUGAUAAAAGAUUAAAAUACAGCU